AAGAUAAUUUUAUUUGCAAUGGAUCACUUGGAAGAACACUACACACCUAACCAACCUACGUAACGGCUAAGGUUUGAUCCCUCAAAACCAAAGGACCAAAACCAAAGGAAAAAAAAGAAGAGAAAAAAGCACCAGCUCAUAGCUCCUUUUCUCUCUCUCACCACAGAAGUUAUAAGUCAUUCGCCUCCAAUCCAUACUAAUUCUAGUUGGCUAAACUUAUCUCACAUUUGUUCUAAAUUCACUUCUGCUAGUUCUUCUUAUUUUAGCACUCAACUCAACUUUCUCAUUUUUUAUGCCAAACAAGGCCUCAAGCAUAUGAAACUAGGAUGAAGUUUCCAAUUACAACUCCUGCCACGUCAUCACCUUCUACUUCUUCCUCCUAUACACUCAAUCCUCCUCCUCCUCCAUGUCUCACUCAUGCUUCUCCUAAUUUCAAGCGUCCUAUGCUGUUACCACAAACAAUCUGUGCCUCUCAAAAAAAGUCCUUCUGCUCUGGAGCCCAUGUGGAGGCUUCUGUUAACUGUAAUCCCGUCAAAAAUUACACAACAGCCAGUUUUUCUCCACGGCGAUCUGAAGCAAGAUUCUUGGUUUCUAACCAAUCACUCAACAAACACUCAUUCUCGGUGGGAGCUUUAGUAACUCCAACAGCUCAAGAUGUUUCCGAUACAAGUACAACUCUUACCGGUGAUGAUAAGAUUGGAGUGUUAUUGCUAAACCUUGGAGGUCCAGAGACUCUAGAAGAUGUGCAACCUUUUUUAUUUAACCUUUUUGCUGACCCGGAUAUUAUACGAUUGCCAAGAAUAUUUAGUUUUCUUCAAAAGCCAUUGGCCCAAUUUGUAUCUGUUCUAAGGGCCCCAAAGAGCAGAGAAGGCUAUGCUUCAAUUGGCGGUGGUUCUCCUCUUAGACGUAUAACCGAUGCACAGGCUGAAGAGUUGAAGAAAUCACUUUCGGAAAAGAAUGUCCCUGCUGAAGUGUAUGUUGGCAUGCGUUACUGGCAUCCAUUCACCGAGGAAGCUAUUGAACAGAUUAAGAAAGAUGGAAUUACAAAGCUGGUCGUUCUCCCACUUUAUCCACAAUUUUCAAUAUCAACCAGUGGCUCGAGCUUACGUCUACUGGAGAGUAUAUUCCGAGAUGAUGAGUAUCUAGUCAACAUGCAGCACACAGUAUUACCUUCAUGGUAUCAACGUGAAGGAUACAUAAAGGCCAUGUCAAACUUAAUUGAAAAAGAGCUGAAGAGUUUCGACUACCCUAAGGAGGUUAUGAUAUUCUUUAGUGCACAUGGGGUGCCUCUUGCUUAUGUGGAAGAGGCCGGUGAUCCAUACAAGGCAGAAAUGGAGGAAUGUGUGGAUUUGAUCAUGGAAGAACUGGAGACAAGAAAGAUAAGCAACGCCUUCACCCUUGCAUAUCAGAGUAGAGUUGGACCAGUGGAAUGGUUAAAACCAUAUACAGACGAGACAAUAGUUGAACUUGGAAAAAAGGGAGUGAAAAGUUUGCUGGCUGUUCCAAUUAGCUUUGUCAGUGAACAUAUUGAAACACUAGAAGAAAUAGAUGUUGAAUACAAAGAAUUGGCUCUAGAAUCUGGUAUAGAAAAGUGGGGCCGUGUUCCUGCUCUAGGAUGUGAACCCUCCUUCAUUUCUGAUUUGGCAGAUGCUGUUAUUGAAAGUCUUCCGUAUGUUGGUGCCAUGGCAGUUUCAAAUCUCCAAGCUCGACAGCCUUUGGUUCCACUCGGAAGCGUAGAGGAGUUAUUGGCAGCAUACGACUCACAACAUAGGGAGUUGCCAUCGCCGGUGAUAGUGUGGGAAUGGGGUUUGACAAAAAGUGCUGAAACUUGGAAUGGAAGAGUAGCUAUGUUGGCUGUGCUGCUUCUUUUGUUUUUUGAAGUCACUACACCUGAUAGUGUUUUUCACCAGUUGGGAAUAUUAUCGCCCGCGCUUAGGUGAAUCAAUCUCAACCAUGCCUUCAAAGACAGUGAAGUUUGGAGUUUAGUUUGAGCUCAGUUUUGAUCUGUGUAUAGUUUUUUAAUAAUACGACACUACCAUCAAGUCAUGUCCUUACACAAUAUUGAAAUUUUGAGGGGUUGUAUUAAGUUGUUUGAUAAGUCAACUUAAUUUUUUAUUGAAUCUUCAUGACAUCAACCAAUGAUGUUAUUAUGUCACUUGAUCCAUAUAGUAAGUCCUACUUAAUGGGAAAUGUUUUUCUUGUUUUU